AUGUCGUCUGAUGCCGCCAAACUGCACAGCAGCAUAUUCCAUCCAACGCUACGUAAACUGCAGUGCCAGGAUGUGGCGAUUGAAGCGCAUAACCUGAUGUAUCCCGUGUUUUUGGUCGACAAUGAUGACGCUGAACAGCACAUUCCUAGCAUGCCGGGUGUUGCCCGUUACGGUAUCACCAAACUAUUGGCCCAUCUGGAACCGCUGGUUGUGAAAGGACUGCAAUCGAUCCUACUGUUCGGUGUGGUUGACAAGAUACCGAAGGAUUCCAUCGGUUCGGGAGCCGAUUGCACCACCAACCCAGUGAUACGCGCCCUACCCCAACUACGGACCGCCUUCCCCGAUCUGUUGAUUGCGUGCGACGUGUGUCUGUGUCCGUACACCGACCACGGUCACUGUGGCGUGCUGACGACGGACGGCAUUAUCGACAACGAGCCCAGCAUUAAGCGCAUCGCCGAGAUUGCACUCGCGUACGCAAAGGCCGGUGCGCACAUUGUGGCACCGUCCGACAUGAUGGACAAUCGUAUUUACGCGAUAAAGCAGAUUCUGCGAUCCAACAAGCUGGAGAACCGGUGUUCGGUGCUGUCCUAUUCGGUGAAGUUUGCGUCCGGUUUUUAUGGACCGUUUCGUGAUGCGGCAAAAUCGGCACCGGCAUUCGGCGACCGAAAGUGCUAUCAGCUACCACCCGGAUCGAAAGGCAUCGCGAAGCGUGCUGCGCAACGUGACGUCGAGGAAGGUGCCGACAUGCUGAUGGUAAAGCCUGGCAUGGCUUAUCUAGAUAUUGUGAAGCAAGUAAAAGAUGACUAUCCCGAGCUACCACUAUUUAUCUACCAGGUUUCUGGCGAGUAUUCGAUGCUGCUAAACGCGGGUCAGAUUGGUGCCUUUGAUUUGAAGACUGUUCUGUGGGAAGUGCUGGUGGGUAUGCGCCGAGCCGGUGCCGACUGCAUCAUUUCCUACUUUACACCGCUCGUACUAGAUUGGUUGAAGGAGUAAUGUAUCUCUCUCUAU